CCUCUCUCCCGCCUGCCCGCCGCCACCACGCACUGCGCAGUGGCGGGAAGCGGCGGUCGAACCGGAAGCGGAAGCGGUGCCCGGAGCCCCGGCGGAAGCGGCCGUUGUCCGGGGAGACGGAGCGCGGCGGGGCCGGGAUGUGGCGGCUGCUGCUGGCGCUGGCCGGGCUCGGCGGGGCCCUGGCGGCCGGUGAGGGGCGGCGGGCGAGCGGGGCCGCCAAGUCUUCGCAGUCCCAUUGGCUGACAGCAGAGGAGAGGAACCAAGUUUUACUGGAUCUCAAAGCUUCAGGCUGGUCUGAGUUAGGCGAAAGAGAUGCCAUCUACAAAGAAUUCAACUUCAAAAAUUUUAAUCAGGCUUUUGGGUUUAUGACGCGAGUCGCUCUACAAGCGGAGAAGAUGAAUCACCACCCGGAAUGGUUUAAUGUCUACAGCAAGGUUCAGAUCACCCUCAUUUCGCACGACUGUGGUGGGCUGACGAAGAGAGAUGUGAAGCUGGCUCAGUUCAUUGACAAAGCUGCUGCCUCCGUGUAACACAGGUGUAAGGAGUUUUAAUGCAUCAUCUGCCUGUAUCUUGCAUUUAAUUGGUGUUCCUCACUGACUGUAACUCUGAUUUCACACCCCCCUGGGAGGACAAGGGAUUUUGUAAAGGGUGGCUUAGCUUCGUUUGCUUUUAAGACCUUUAUCUGAGAGACCCCUCUGAAUGCCUGCGCUCGUCCUUUUUCAUUGCUGGCUCCACGUGAGGAUGCAGGGGAUAAACCAGCAAAACGUUGGGUUAGAACAAUCCUUUCCUAGAAAGUAAAAGAAGCUGCAGUGAGAGCUAGCACCCGGCCGCAAGCGUCCACGUUCCCCAGUCCCAGCGGAGUCAGGGCUGGUGCCAGCUGCCCCACGCCUCCCACUUCCAUUUCUCAACUUUCACACCCCGGUGCUCUGGAGCGUGGGAUGGGGACCAGGCGGGAUGUCCCCAGCCUAGUGGCUUUGUCAGGGAAAAGUGACACUGCGUGCUGGGGAGCUGCCCCCUGCCUGAGAUGCGGGGUCCUGCGGUGGA